UCACCUUCCAUCAGUCUGCGAGAGCAAACGCGCCACUGGAGCCAUCACUGGGACGGAGUGUGUGCGCGCGUGCGUGCGUGCGUGCGCGCGUGCGUGCGUGCGUGCGAGCCGUCAGGUACUGGGAGGAAAGGUGGUCACACCGGGGUCAUCUGAGGUUCGCUAGGAGAGCUGGGCCACCGACAGGAAGCACACGUCACCCAACCUGCAGGUACGAUCAGCGAGUGUGGGCACAGCUCCAGCUGCAGAAAUGAAAGUGCAGGCAGUGUGUGUGUGUGGGAACACAGAAGAGCGACUGCUAGGGAGACAUCAGUGCGAGGAAACAAACAAACACACACAAAACUAAUUUAUGCAGCGGGCUGGGAAGGCGGGGGGGGUCCACCUCCGCCCCUGGACACACACGUGAGGCUCUCCAGCGCUCAGCAGCGCCACCGUGCGGCCACGAGAAUCGCCACCUUCGCUCCCUUCUACAUGAAUCGAGGUGCCGUGCGCGCCGCCGCUCAUCACUCGCUCCGCGCUCGUUCGCGUGUCAACGUGGCGCUCCGCAGCCAAUGGCGAUGUGCUUUACGCCUCGGUCCGCCACAGUCCGCAUUCUCAUUGGACGGGAGCUCCCCAAAGAGGCUCGCUAUUGGCUGCUCGCGCUAGGUCACGCCCUUCGGCCACACGACUCAUUUAAAGAGACAGACAGGGUGCGUGCGCGUGCGUCUCGAGUGGAGCAGCGAGCGGCAGAAGGAAGGGCAUCACGUGUCUUCGGGGGAGCUUGGGUUCGAGGUGAGCACUUCCACAAGGCCCAGCGUGUCAUGUUGGGGGCUGCAAGUGUGACGCUCCGCUUCGCCGCCAGGAACAGGACCGCGAUGCUGUUGCCGUUGCUAGGCGUGACGUCGCUGCUGGUGGCCAUGGCGACGGCUGUCCCGGCCCAGGAGAAGCGAGUCCAUCGCCACGGUGACCUGAGCGACCACGUCCACGACGACACGCAGGGCUUUCAGUACGACCACGAGGCCUUCCUGGGCAAGGAGGAGGCCAAGACCUUCGACCAGCUCACCCCGGAGGAGAGCAAAGAGAGACUGGGGAAGAUCGUGGACCGCAUCGACACGGACGCCGAUGGCUACGUCAGCCACGCGGAGCUGCACCACUGGAUCAAGCACCGGCAGAGGAGGUACAUCGAGGAGAACGUGAACAAGCACUGGAAGGAGUACGACCUCAACAAGGACGACAUGGUGGCCUGGGAGGAGUACAAGAACACCACCUACGGCUACUACUUGGACGAGGAGUUUGACGACGUGGACGACAAGGCGAGCUACAAGGCCAUGCUCACCCGAGACGAGCGCCGGUUCAAGGCGGCCGACGGGAACGGCGACGGCAAAGCCACCAAGGAGGAGUUCACGGCUUUCCUGCACCCUGAGGAGUUCGACCACAUGAAGAACGUAGUGGUGGCGGAAACCGUGGAGGACAUCGACAAGAACGGGGAUGGCCUGAUCAACCUGGACGAGUACAUAGGUGACAUGUUCAGCCCCGAGGACGGAGAGAGCGAGCCCGAGUGGGUGCAGACAGAGAAGAAGCACUUCUCCGAGUUUCGGGACACGAACAAGGACGGGUUUCUGGAUGCCAGCGAGGUGUCCAAGUGGAUUCUGCCAGGAGAGGUGGACCACGCGGACAACGAGGCCCGGCACCUCAUCCACGAGACGGACACUGACAAGGACGACCGCAUCACCAAGCAAGAGGUCCUGGCCAAUUGGAACAUGUUUGUGGGCAGCCAGGCGACCAAUUACGGGGAGGACCUCACCAAGAGACACGACGAGCUUUGAUGAUGUCACGUGGGAGGGGCGGGGGGGCUCCGAGGCUCCGAGGGGGUGGGCUUUAUGAGUCAUUUGGCAUUUAUGUUGUGUGGCGGGUGGUUUUUUGGAGCUGUGUCAUCAUAAUAAUCAAGAUUUUGAUGAUGGAUAUGAUACUGAUGACUGUGGGGGGAGGUCAGUGAAGGGGCAGAGUUUCACCUGAAGAAAUUAGUGUAUUUAUGGUGAAUGCUGAGCUGUACUUGGUGCAGCCAACACAGUAUUGUUGUCAUGGAGAUGGUAUUCCCAAUGAUGACUGCAGAAAAAAAAAAUCAAUAAUUUCUUUGGUUGACACGCCGCACCAGAAGGUUCCAGAAAUGGACUAAUUUAUGGGUGACUCUGGGAAAGUACCAUCAUAAAGCACUCUUUACUACAGUAAUAAUUACACUACACGGUAUGAGUAAGCCAUUAGCAGGGGUUUACCAUGAUUUACUAUGCACUAGUACAGUGAGAAUUCAUCCAUAAGGUGCCUGGGGGGGUGUAUUUAUACAAAGUGAAAAGCACAGAUUUCUUUGCUGAGUACGGUCAGAACACACUGUUUACACACACCUGUGUGCUCAGGCCGCGCAGCAGUAGGGGCUCACAGGUCACGCUGGACCAUGUCACACAGACACACACGGACAAAUGCAGACGCACACAGACAUACACACACGGGAGCAAGUGAACGGCUCAUGCGUGCUCUUCCAACACGACCACGGCUGGGACCAUGUGAACUCGUGAAGAGAUGUGGCUCAUUUCCACCCUUUUUUUUUACACAGUUUUAAUAAAGCCAUAUAAAGCUUCUCUUUCGUACACUGCUUUUCAUGUCGCACUUCUUUGCCUCCAUGUAAAUUGUGACUUUGUUUGGUACUGACGGCGGGUCGUUUUCAUGAGUAGUACAGAGGAGCGCAGUACACGCGUGUGACAGUGCGGGCGAGACACUUAGUGUCUGUUCCCCGGGACCACUGAUGUCCGUCCUGGUUAGGAACUUAAAGUAUGUCUGAGCUGUGUGUGACCAGGGUGCUGUUGGAGGGCAAUUCCUGUAAAUAACCUGAUGGCACCCAAUGAAAUCUCAGGUCAGACCUCAGCAGCACCCGCACCCCAUGGAGCUGUACCUUGGGGGACACGCUGUCCGCUGCGCUCGUGUCCAUGUCUGUUUCCAUUCUGCCUCUGUCCAGGAUGGUCGCCUGUCUCUGGACGAGAUUGUGGACAAAGCCGACUUCCUGUCCAUCGGCACCCUCACCGACUUUGGGGCUAUGAUGUCCAGGAGCCACGACGAGCUCUGAGCCGCUGAAUGCAUGCACCCUGCUCACUGCUGCACCGUCAAAUGCCCAUACCAUAACAUAUUGUACAGCAGUUAAAUUAUGAAUUAAUG